AUGAGCCAUCCGAACAGCGUGCUAACCCUGAUCUCAUCCUCCUUCUUGUCUCCAUCUCCUGGUCUGCUCCUAUGCUGCUUUUUGCGACUGGAUCCGCUUGUCGCGAUCCAUGGCUGCUACGACGACCCGCUUGUCCCUUCCUACAAUCGUCGAGGUCGAGACUCGGACGAUCCGCCCGUUUCCGCCAUUGACAUCGCAGCCGCGUCCGAUAGCGACGUGCAUACGCCGCCCACCAUCUUUUCCGACAUGAACGCCGCCAACUUUGACCAGUAUGGUCUGCUGUCGCAUCAGCACGCGUCGCAUCACCACCCGCAGCAGCCGCAUCACCAGUUCAACUCGGCGCUCGCCCACUCCGGUGCGCAGGGAGAUGACAUCUUCAUCGCACGACAGACGCUGCGGCAUGCGGCCGAUUCCUGCGAUGCAUUCGUCAAGGUGGUUGCGCGCCAGAACCCGAACGUCGCCGCUUUGGUGUUGGCGCAGCAGGGGAAUGUGUCGAGUGCGGGUGGUGCAAGUGUACCGUCAACAUUUGACUUUCUCAACAACAUUGCCAAUGGCUCUCAUGCCGUCAGCACAGCUGGGGCAGAGACGGCGGCUGCGGCAGGAACGGGGGGUGCGAAUGGGAAGGAAGCCAAGAAGUUGAGCAAGUUACAGAAGCGCAAGGAGAAGCGUCUUCGCGAUCCGGAUGCGCCCAAGCGUCCCCCGAGCGCCUACCUGCUCUUCCAGAACGAGGUGCGUCAGGAGAUCCGCAAGAAACAUCCCGGACUGCCGUACUCGAGCGUACUGCGCAAGGUGUCCGAGGCAUGGAAGGAGUUGACAGACGAACAACAGAAGGUGUACCACGACAAGACCACCGAAAACAUGGUCACCUGGAACCAACAAAAAAAGGAACACGAAGCCAACAUGAACCCCAUCUCCCUAGACGCCUAA